AUGGAGGCACGGUCUCGCGCACUAGACGCUAAUGCGGCCCGAGAAGCAGAGUUGGACGCUGAGGAGAUGCAAAAUGCAGCGUUAGUAGGCGCAGGCGAUGAUGACUUCGCUGACGCAGACGAGGUCGGGGAGGAGGGUGAAGGUGACGAGGAGUUCCACCUACCCACGGCGGAGGAGAGAGAAGAAGAAAAGAAGAGCGGUGGACCAGACAUUCACACUGUUCAGCGGCGUAUGCGGGAAUGCGUACGUGUGAUGGGCAGCUUCAAGAGAUUGGCUGCUAAGGGACGGUCACGAUCAGAAUAUGUCCAGCAGCUCAUCUCAGAUAUCGCGAGUUACUACGGAUAUAACGAGUUCCUUGCGGAGAAGCUGUUCCAGCUGUUUCCGGUUGCUGAGGCGAUCGAGUUCUUCGAGGCGAAUGAAGUGUCCCGUCCCGUGACAAUCAGGACGAACACCCUUCGCACUCGACGACGAGAUCUAGCUCAGGCACUCAUCAACAGAGGCGUCAACCUUGAAUCCAUCGGCAAAUGGACAAACGUCGGUUUACAGGUAUUCGAGAGCAGCGUUCCUAUCGGUGCGACACCAGAAUAUCUUGCAGGCCACUACAUGCUACAGGCCGCGUCUUCAUUCCUUCCGGUCAUCGCACUCUCCCCGCAACCUGGCGAGCGUGUCCUGGACAUGGCAUCCGCUCCGGGCGGAAAGACAACGCACAUGGCGGCGCUUAUGGAGAACACGGGCGUAGUGUUCGCCAAUGACGUUAACAAAGCGCGCACGAAGAGUCUCACGGCAAACGUGCAUCGGCUUGGCUGCAAGAACGUCGUCGUGUGCUCUUAUGAUGGCCGGGAGUUCCCCAAGGUGAUGGGCGGUUUUGAUCGUGUGCUCCUGGACGCCCCGUGCAGCGGGACGGGCAUUAUCAGCAAGGAUACCGGUGUGAAAACUAACAAGACCGAGCGGGACUUUACUCUCCUGUCUCACCUCCAAAAGCAGCUGAUCCUCUGCGCCAUAGACAGCGUGUCACCAGACUCGAAGACCGGCGGGUACCUAGUGUACUCCACAUGUUCCGUGACGGUCGACGAGAACGAGGCGGUCGUGGACUACGCACUGCGCAAGCGGCCGAACGUCAAGCUGGUCGACACGGGCCUUGAAUUUGGGCGGCCGGGCUACACCAACUACCGGGGAAAGGUGUUCAACGAGAAGGUCAGCCUAACGCGGCGGUUCUACCCGCACGUGCACAACAUGGACGGGUUCUACGUCGCGAAGUUCAAGGUGGAGAAACGCGUGAAAACGAAGCCGCGCGACGAGGACAGUGGGCCCGUCGUCAGCACGAGUGGCGAGGCGAUCGACGCCGACGACCUCAAGUUCAACAACGAUGAGGACAUGCGGUAUAUCGAGGAGGCUAGGCGAAAGGCGAUGAAGGCCAAGGGUCUACGGGUCACUACACGCCGCAAGCCUGUGGAAGCUGGUCCCACGGUGGUCGAAGCCACGGCGUGA